CCCUCCUCUUCCGAAUAAGAAUCCUAAAAGAGUCACAUGGUCUAUAUCGCGCCGAAUUAAUUGCAAUGGCGGUAAAAGCAGCGGACCACACCAGAGUUAGCCUAUCACCGUCUAGGUACCUCCACACCUGCCCGCUCGCUUUGGUUUAGGGUAGCCUUCUUGCCUGCAGACACACCCACAUCACAAAACCAGCAUGAAGGCUACCGGCCAUAGCAGCUUGCUCGAUUUUUUAACUUUCAUGGUUUUACUCAAGUCUGCAGCUUUCACUGAGGAGAAGAGUCGACAAGAGCGAUCACUGUCUCUGCUCGGUGUCAUUUUAUCCGCACAAUUCGCUGAACAGCAGUACCAGUAUCCGAAAACGCAGGCGCAGUCAAAUGACCCAACCUUGCAGUAUAUGCUACAUCUCUAUUCACGUUCUGCGGAUGAGGAAGGGAGGCCCAGAGAAAAUCGGACCCUGGGAUCCAACACCGUCAGGCUGCUUAAGUCAUCGGCGAGCAGUACGCGCCAUGGGCGGACCGGCACAGAUCCUUGGCAUAUGCAUUCUGUGAAAUACGAGCUUAAAAUCCUUCAAGGAGAUACUCUUGUGAAGGUGGCAAUAGUCCACUUACGAAUGGAGCCUCAUAUCACUAAGAAAAUUGCCUGUAAACUGAAGGUUUUUACAGCCUCCCCAAUGGAAGAUAAUCCAUCAUCUCUGCAAGAUCCAUGGAUUCUCUUUUUCAGGCCAGAAGACAAAUGGGUUGAGACUGAUAUUACAACUCAAGUGUUCGCCUUAGCUGGACAUCUGGAUGAAAAUUUAACUUUGUAUAUCUGGUAUGCUUGUGUUGAGGAUGGACGAAACUGGCGCUUUUCAAGGGCAGUGAAAAAACCACAGAAGGUGGCUGUGCUGCAGGCCCCUGCACUGCUGCUUUACAUCAAUGACAGUCGGAAUGCUGGCCGCCAAAUUGUUCACAGGCAUUCUGAAGGACCUCUUAAAGAGGAGAAGAGGCACCUGCUUUACAGGAAAAUCAGGCAGCUGGGCAACAUAGGGUCUGACAUCCCAAAUUACCUGCGUAGGAACAGUGUUGUGAGAAAUGAAUGCAAGCUCCAUUCAUUCAGAGUGAGUUUUCACCAGCUUGGUUGGGACCAUUGGAUUAUAGCCCCACACAAGUACAAUCCAAAGUAUUGCUUGGGUGAUUGUCCUAGGAUUCUUCACUAUGGUUACAACUCCCCCAAUCAUGCUAUCGUACAGAACUUUAUUAAUGAGCUUGUGGAUGGUGAAGUGCCCCGGCCUUCUUGCGUCCCAUAUAAAUAUAAGCCCAUUAGUGUCCUAAUGAAGGAGCAGAAUGGCAGCAUUGUGUACAAGGAAUAUGAGGACAUGAUAGCAGAAUCCUGUACCUGCAGAUAAGAGACCAGUUUAUGCUUGUGCUAAGAAACCGCAUUUUCAUCCUCCUUAGUGUGCCCAUUCCCAAUUUUUAACAAUCUUACCAGCACACAACUUCUGUUUGGUAUAGUUGUGUGGUGACAAUCAAGACCAAAAAAUACAGGAAAAUGAAAUGGUGCUUUGCCCCUACAUGUGCCUAUGAGUUUACAUUUAUAAGUCCAAGUCCAUGCUAAUGGUGCUUUUUAAUAGUAAGCACUGCUUUUGCUGCAGCUGCCCAUAAGCUUUCAUUUAAAUCAUAGCCUCAUUGAUAGUUAACUUAUUGUGCUUCUGCAUCAAAAGGCCUUUUUAUGUGAAUUCUUAAUAAUUUUAAAAUAAUUCAAGGUGGGUCAAGUUCUUGGAGGGAUGUUUCAUUUUUUUUUUUUUUUCCCUUGUUCCUUGUUUCCCUUUCAAAUCCUGUUAUGCUGUUCCCUAGCAACCCUGCCAGACCCCAGGCACACUUUUUGAAGGAGAAAAAUGUAAAAGUAAGUGAUCUUUUACAGUUUGAGAUACAAGGUUCAGAGGAAAGUGCAAUAGUGUCUGAAGACAUAGUCACAUAGCUUUCACUGACAUAAGUUCUGGUGUUGGGAGGCUUUUUGCACAUGUAUGUCUUCCAAAGCCUUCAGAAAUAGGUUGUAAUGAAAUAAAGAAAAGGCUGUUUUUUCUGAAGGCUUUAGUUAAAAAUAAGAGUCCUGGAGUGUUUGUAUGAUGUUUAAAUAUUUAAUUAUGUAUUAAUGUUUGUAUUUUGCACACUUCAUAAAAAAUGAUUGGAAAAUAUUUUUUUAGAUUUCUGGUUUUCACACAGUUGCAGAAUAUUUAUUGAAGUGUUUAAAAUGUGCUGCAUAUUUAGUCUAAUGUGUGUUUCUGAUGUCACUCAGGGGGUUGUAUUUUUUCAUCACACAGAUAGCCUCAGAAGGAGCAUUUGUAUGUGGCUCCCACCCCCCAGGAUAAUUGAAUCAUUUCAAUAUGGCAAGUCAUUAUCUAUCUACAUGCCCAUGCCAGAUGCGUGAUGAGUCAGUUGAUCUGUGGUACUCUGCUUUGUGAGUGAGACAUUCUCUCUCUUCCCCCCCCCCCCCCCCG